GGCCCCAAAAAGUGCAACGAGGAGCAUGAACCCUCUGAGAUACCCGGUGGCCUCUACGACCCGUUGCGGAUCAGGCCAGCCUCGAUCGGCUCGCUGUCGAAAUUUCGCAUCGAAAUUUUGCGCAUUUCGAUCGAGGGCGAUCGAUGGAGGAAGCGAAAGCCAUCGUGGCGAUGCUCAAUGCGCCUCCCCUGGACCUCAACAUAUCUGUUCUUGAAUUCUGGUGCUCAUUCCACCCUGUAACGAACUUCAGUGUCGAUGCCUCGACGGAUUCUGUUGCUCCACGACGAGCAAAAUGCUCGGAGCUCCACCCACCGAUGGAGAGGAAAACAUAAGAGAAAACAAUAAUAGUGGAAUUGAAUGGAAUGGAGUGAAUUGAUUUGAAAUUUAUCUUUUGUGCCAUUGCCUACCCAGAAGGUGAUUGUUGUUGUGGUCGACACUCACUCCAUACUCGACUUGCAGUCAGAAAAGCCCGCUGCAGUUACGUCAGCUGCUCUUCGGAGUCCUCUCUGCAAUCGUUCCUCCACAGAGACUGGAAGAUUCACCUGAAUCGACGACCUGCUGGAUGGUGGACUCACUCAGAGUACUCAACUAUGGGCCGAGCAUUACUGGACGCUCAUCGUUUCUGGAUGGAAUCGCCGCUGGCAACCACGAUGUCAUACGUCCUCUUCUUGCAUGGCUCCUACCGCAGAUCAGUACGCUGCAGAAACGUGCAUUUCUUGCCCGAUUUUUGGUGGAUGUGGAGAUUCCGGCAGAACUACUGCUGGCCGAGGAUAUGAAUAAGUUGCAUGCUCAGUAUGAUUCCCUGAGAGAACAAUUCAUAGAAACCCAUCGGCAUCUGGAAGGCCUCCGCCAGAUUGAAAGGGAUCCGAUCAAAGUUAAAGAGCAUGUAUCUGAGCUGCAGACCGAGCGAGAUCAUCUUCUCUCCAAAAUUACCAAGUUCAAAUGCAAAUUUCAGGAUGUGGAGAAAGCUGAUGAACUGUUGGAAGCUGUUGAAGAGGUCAAGAGUCUUAAAGUGGAGAUGUCAAAGCUUGUCGAUACGAUGAUUGAGCAGAGACAGGCACUAAACCGCUCUUUGGGAAAGAAUCAGAAAGCAUAUUCAAAGUUACAACAUAUGAAGAUUCUUUUGGAAGAUGCACACAAUGGUUCGUUCUUUGACAAAGCGUCACACGAAAUCCAGGCCCUACGUUUCAGUGCCAAACAGAAGCUCCCUGAGGAGGUUGCAGCCAAACAGGUACACCUGCAUGCUCUUCAGGAGGUUCUUUGUGGGCCUAACAAAUCUGAAGGGCUUGCAAGCAUACAGUCGAAGCUGCUAGCUGUGAAUGAGGAACUGAAGAAUAAGAGGAGAAAUGGCCUCGAGAAGCAUUCAGAAAAUGAAGAUGCUUCAAAAAGAGAAUCAAUGCAUUGGCAGCGAGCACAAAUGGGCCUCAUUUUAGCGAAUAGGUCACAGGCAGCGAAUAAGAAGGUGGCAGAGCUCACAGAAUGCAGAGAUAAGCUGCAGAGGGAUCUCGAUCAGAAAAGUACUGCGAUUGAAGAGGUGAAGGCUACUGUACUCAGAGGAGAGGAAUUGAAAACCUAUGUGGAGUCACUGCGUAGCAAGAGUGCAGUGUACAAAAAGAUGAAGAAGGAACUCGACGAUAUGGAUUCUGAAUAUGGAGCUCUUAUCAAAAAUCAGAAGCUGCUUGAGGAACAAAUUGAAAUGCAUCCAGAGUUCCCAGAAGAUAAAGUUGAUCAGACUCGCAAACGGGCGACAGCCAAGAAUUUGAGGAAGAUGAUCGAAGAGGUCAAUAAUCUUAUCAAAGAUCUCCGAAACCAGUUGAAUCCACAAGUUAAAGAACUGAAGCUUUUAAGGGCUGACCUUCAAUCGCUUGAGAUCGAACAAGCAGAAAAGAAACAACACUACACUGACAUGUGUUGUCUUUUCGAUAGAAAAGUGACCAAGCUCGAAGCAGAAUUAGCCUCAAGUACCAAGGAGUAUGAGAACGAGAAGGAGGGAGUAAAGGUGAGGGCAGCUUCGCUGGAGAAACUUCAAGCGACUCUGAUGGAAGAAAACGUGGAGAAGGAAAAUGGUUCUGUGAGUACGAAGAUUAAGCUCAAGAUAGAACAGCAACAAGAAGUUUUGAGAGAAGUUCAACGCAAACAACAAGCGUUCAAGGAGACGGAACACUUCAACAGUUUGCAGAUGGGGAUGAUGAAGGAUCUGCUGACUCUCGUCGCUGCCAAGUUGAGUCUGUAUUCUUCCUCGUCGAGACUGCCCAUCUUCUCCACGGCAACUUCCUUAGAUACCGGAGACACGAGCAAUUGAGCGAAUUCACGACUUUCUAGCUCGCAGAAAGUUUAAGUGGUCCUCCAACUUGAAAGCUCGACAUAAGUCCCUGAGGACGAACGACAGAUUCCAAGCAAGUGUCUGUGAGCUUGUAUGAACAUUAUUCAAGAGGCCACAUGGUUUCAUAUCUCAGGCGAUGGAAUGAUUAUAUUUUCAGGUUGCGACUGGCAAUCGGGACAGCUGACGAACUCACUAGAGUCAGGAUCGGGCUGAGAAGUAUACGAUUCUUAUAUUCAAAGGUGGAUUCUGAUCUUCACUUCGGAUCGGCAAAUGUACAGCCAGAGUGAUGAUAAUUGAGCAGUUGGCUGAUUCCUCAAAGGAAUGAUAAACUUCGUUCGAACAUCCAAAUUUCAUGCAGAUUUAACCUUGCGGGUGCACUUGUUUUGAUUGCUUUGCUGCUAGCACCAAAAAGCAUGUGUUUGUGCUUCUGACACCAGAUCUGGGGCUAACAUUCUGUCUAAAUGCCAGUUUCUAGUCGAGGUGGAAAUGAAUUACGACUCGAAGUCAGAUCCAUGCGAGUUUGUAGGGAUCCAUUCAUUCCCGCUUUAUUCUGACAUUGUUACAUCACGAGGGUUGGACAAUCUGCUGUCAUGCACCAUGGCCUACUUAAUUUGAUCUAUUAACGUGUGAGCACAUCUAAUGACUUUAACAACAUCACGUAAAUAGAGUUCACCCGGACAAGGGAUGAUGGUGUCCAUUAAAUGUAUGUCCAUUGUUCGCUAAGCGGAGAUUUAGAAGUAUGAUAGAUUUUAAUUGAUUAUGAAUUUAUGUGUUUUCCGUUUUUUUCAUCCAAGUCUAGAAUUUUAGAGUGUAGAAGCUUUGCCCUACGAAGAGAUUAUGUUGGGACUAAUUCGAGGUUAGUUGAAAAAGAUUUAAGUCAGAUCCUCAAGUUUAGGGGCUCGAGACAGAAACAUAUGAGCCAAAACUACUAAAGGCUUUCCAUCCAGCGCAAGCAUCUGGAUAAUCAGGAAUGCGAUGUGGCAUUCCUGCAAGCGGUUUUUUCUUAAUUAUCAAAUGCUAAUGGAUUGUGACUAA